AUGUUCAAGAAGACGAAAUUAAUCAAUAUUGUACGUAAUGAGACAGCUGAUAAAGUAAAAGAAUAUCUUAAUAAGAAAAAAGUAGAUAAAAAAACGUUUGAAAAAUUUAAAACGAAAGAGGAGAAUCCGUUAUAUGUUUCUAUGAUUAUCAGAAAAGAUUUUGAUAUGUCACAAGAAUUAAUCAAAGUGAUGAUUAAAGUAAAAGCUGAUAUCAAUAAAUAUGAUGAAGCUGAACAAACAAUAUUACAUUAUGUAUGUAAUACAUUUACUUCUGAUGCUUCUUUUAUUAUGGCAUUAUUACAAUUUCCAGGAAUAAAUGUUAAUGCAAAAAAUAGAGAUGAACAAACUCCUUUACAUAUUUUUUGUAAUCAUUUUGCUAAUGUUCAAUCAUACAAAACAGUUUUACAAAAAUUUGUUGAAUUACAUGCUGAAAUUGAUGCUACAAAUUCAUAUCUUGAAACACCUCUUAUUAAAACUGUUAAAAAUCAAAAACUUAGAGGUCUUAUUGUUCAAUUUCUCAUUGACAAUGGAGCAAAUAUUAAUGUUGCUAAUAAAGCAAAAAAUACUGCAUUACAUUUUGUUGUUGUUUUAAAUAGAGUAGAUUUAAUUAAUAUAUUAGUUAAAGGAGGUGCUGAUAUUUAUUGUUUAAAUAAUAAAAAUGAAUCUCCACUUAGUCUUGCUAAAGAAAAAGGUUCAAUGGCAGUUAUUACUAAAUUAUAUGAAGUUCAUAAUUUACUUCAAUGGCUUUCAUCUAUUUCAAAUGACUUUGUUGCUUUAUAUGCAAGAAAAUUUCUUCAACAAGAACUUCAUCCAAAAUUACUUAAAUCAUUAAAUGAUACAAUAUCAAUUGUUAUGGAAUUUUGUUCUCAUUUCUCAUUAUUUGAUGUUCUUAAUGAUCCUAAUCAACAAGUUGAUUUUCCUACUGCAUUAAAUUUUUGUGAACAAAUGAGUGUUGGAUUAGGAGUAUUACAUAAUAACAAACCAUCUAUUCUUCAUCGUGACUUUAAAUCAUUAAAUGUUCUUGUAACAAAUGAUUAUACGUUAAAAAUUAGUGAUUUUGGAAUGAGUCGAUUUGACACUACAGAAAAUCGAGAAAAAGAUUUAAAAGAAUUAUCUGGAACAAUACCAUAUUGUUCUCCAGAAAUUAUUCCAAGUGAUGGACAUCAAGGAUUAUAUACUACAAAAAGUGAUAUUUAUUCUCUUGGAAUAGUUUUUUGGGAAAUUUUUAGGAGAGUUGUUUUUGGGUCAUACACAAAACCUUGGUUUAAAGAAUAUAAUAUUCCUGCAGCAAAUGACUUUGCUAUUUUAAAUUUAAUUAGUGAAGGUAAACGACCUACUCUUGAAAUCAAGGAAUAUAAUGAAGCUUGUAAAAAUUAUGUACCACCAUCAGUACAUCAACUGUAUUAUAGUUGUGUAGAUGAAGAACCUGAUAAAAGACCUAAUGCAGAAGAACUUAUUAAAAUGAUUGAAUCAAUGAAACAGGAAUAUAUACAUAACAAUACUAUUUGGAAUAAAUAUUAUGUUCCUGUUGGAUAUAAGAAAAUGUAA